GAGUCAGUUACCAAGCGCCUGAAUUUUGAUCAUGUGACCAUUAGGAUGUUGUAACAGUUGUUAAGUGAGAACUGUUGUAAACGGAGGCCUAUAUUCAAUAAAUGUACAUCAAUGACAACAGCAAACUGGACAUAUUAAAACAUAUGACGCUCUAUUCAACUCUGUGCUGUUCAACGUGUUUAUCAAAUACUGAGUGAGGUGUUAAAAAUGAUUAUCAAAUGAAGAUGACAAUGUUGGGGGUUGAUAAACACCAUUCAGAAUAGUAUCAAGAUUCAAAAGAAUUUUGUCAAGCUGGAACAAUGGAACAAAUUAGCCAAUAUGAAUUGCAACAGCAAAUGCAUAAUCCUGUAUCUAGAUUAUAGGAAAUCAAAGAAGUAGGGAAAUCAAAUGUAAAGUUAUGGGAUGAGGGGAAACCAUACUGAACAGCAGUAUAUACACUGCUGUUAUGGAAUCUAAAUGCUUGAAGCAUCACAAUCCAAAUAAGGAACCACGUGAUACAUGGACCAAACUAAGAAAUGAACCACAGGCGGCAGCAGCAUGGAUCAGAUUGCCGCUAAUGUAUGGUAUCCAGUUCUUUGCGUAUUUUAGGAAGGAUACUAACAAACUGAAGAAUGCUCAGAAAGAAAUAAUGGACCUGGGGGAAAAAACUUGCUAGAAACAAUUGGAAGUGUUGGGUAUGAUCAGCCUGUGACUAUUAAAAGACACAACAGCAAUUACCAACUAUGAAAAGGAUGAUAAUGCAAAACUCAGGGCCUUGUUCAAAGUUGUUCCAGAAGACAAGAUAAGAAGCAAUUGGGUUAAAUUACAAGGUCAUAAAUUUUGGACAGCAAGAAAAAAAAAUCCUGAUAAAAAUAAACAAUGGAAAAGACUAUCUGGGGAGGUGGUCAAUCUUCAGGAAAAAUACUUAAACAGCAGCUGGGUUGCCAUCUGUCAGGAUGCUGCAGUAAUGAAUCCAUGCUCCAGGCAGGCGAUUGGAUAAGGAGAUCUUCAGUCUCCUUCAAACUGUAUGUUCUAUUAUUCAGAGUAAAAGCACUAAAGAAUGUAUUAGAUAUUUAUACUGAAUAUAUGAACAAAAUGAAGCACACUAAUAUCAUUUACCUAUUCAGUUCUACAUUGGAAAAAUUUCCAAUACCAUUCCUGAAAAACAAAUUGUCCUAGUUUACAUAAUUAACAAAUAUGUAUGUAAAUUUGGUUAUUUGAAAUUAGCACUUUCGGAAAGAGGCAAAAAGUACCUGGGGACAGCACAUUUAUGCCCAAAUAGAAUAAAAGCCAAUACUAUUAUAAUUAGAGGCAAAAAAAAAAUAGAUUAAAUUUAAAUACAAUUUCUCAAAAAGGUCUAAAUCCAGCAAAAACCUUGUUAUUUAAAUUAAUGAGAUCAGUUUUUGAACAAGUGUUUUGUACCUCAUUAUUAGAAAGCAGCUUUCACUUCAAAAAUGAACUAUUGUACUAUUUACUGCCCAGCUAAUUGGAGGGAAUCCAACAUCUUACUAAGCAUCUGAAUAAACAAUUACUGAGAUAGACAAGCUUUGAACUAAGGAACAGGACACUCCUAAUGCAUAUCAGCCUAGAAAUAUUUCCUCCCACUUCCUUUUCUUCAAUAGCCUAACCUGUAGAUGGGAUUUGUUUUAUUUAACAAUUAGGAGCCAGAUAUCAUAGAUCAACAAAUACUAAUCUGUUCUGCCAAUCCCUGGUUUACAAAAGAUAGUAUAUGUUUAGUGUACCAAGGGCUCCCCACAAAACCUGGAUAAAACAGAUACAAUAAAUCACACAAUAAAAGGCAAUUCAGAUUCUGAUUUAUUUUUACAUUUGUAAUACCUGAUAGAUAAAAAACUUUUUUCCGGGAAGGUAUUUUAUGACUCAGUACAAAAGAGCAGUAUGUAACUCACUGUUUAGAAAAGUUUAAAUCACUGUUCAGAUAUAAAUACUAAUGCUGAUUUAAAUUUUAAUGCAAACCUAUAAGUUUAAUGCUACAUACAAACGUUAAUCCUAAUUAAAAUGCAGUCCUCUACUAGUAAUAUAGCAGUAGAUUUACUAUACUAGAUCAACAGUUCAUAAGCAUUAGUUUAUGCUUAAAUGCUCAUAAGCAGGGAACAAAGCUAUGAGUUUUCAUCAGAUCACUGGUUUUACACAGCACACUAAGCUAAAAUGUUGGGGCAGUUUAUACCUCAGAGGACUACAAACCCAGGCAAUUCAGUGAAUCACCAAUACAAAUGAUAAACCAAUGCACCAUCUAGAGAUAUAUAGGUAGUCCUCCUUCAAUGACUAUAAUUGGUACCAACAGUCAGUAAGUAAAGUGAAACUGCAAGCGUGUUUAUGAUUUUGCUUCAGCUUUUCUUUGCUUUACGAAGGUUGGCUGCAAAGAUACUUUUUCAUCACUCUCAUAAUUGCAAACAGGCAAUUACUAAACAAGAACUACUGUGAUGAUGAUGUUAUCCAUGCCUGACCACUAUACUACUUUUCAAUACAAAGGUUUUUCUUUCACUAAAUAAAAUCUACCACUACUAAUUUAUUUCAAAAGCUUUCAAUUGCCCUUUUUAAGAAACUGGGUUGCUUCUUGUAUUAACGUGAAAAUGUUAUUUGGGAUCCAAUUAUCAAUCACUGAACUUCCAUGGGUUAUGUGGGAGCCAAUAAAUUGAAAUUCAAUAAUGGAAUGCUCUGUAAAUUUCUUUGCAAAGAAAGUGUCCAACCUGGUUUAGAUAGCUUGUACUCUUCAAAGCAUCAAGAUGUGGUUCUAAAAUCCAGUUUAUUAGCAGAGAUCUUAACUAAGCUGUACAUUUCAUUAACUGCACCAUAUCUUUUCUUAGACCAAGACCACCAACUGGAUUCACGCACUCUAAAAGCAAUAUAUGACUAAUUAUUGUAAUAUAAGUUUUUAUUGUCCUGGAGAAAUUACCUCUGUUGUCAUUCUUUUGCUCUAAUAACAUGUUUUAUUUAUAUUGUUUUAAACUGAAAGAGGCACACUAAAAUGGAAAAUGAAGGGCUAGGAAAAAGCUGUUAAUAGAGGUUAAAACUGUAACCAAAAUUUAAGCUUAAACACAAAUUUGUAGCUAAACACAAAUUUUUACCGGUACCUGAAUCUUAAUUACACAAAAUACUAAAACCUCAAUGCAUAAGUUCGAGUGAAGUAUUAAUUAAACUUUCAUAGUAUUUGUAUUUGUAAUAAAAUCAGUAGUACUGAUCCAGGAAAAAUCUUGUAGAUCUGUAAAUCUGAGACUAAAUUUCAAUACUUCAUUACCUCCCCCUAUUUUUAGUUCUUUGUUUAUAAGUGAUAAAAGAUUACCUGAAACAAAAAUUGAACACACAUAAUCUUAGAUAUUAAAGCAUACAACUCUUUCAAGAGAAUCUUUUCCCAACUUUAAAGUUACAGAAUUCCCACCAGGUAAUCCAGAUCAGAUAAACAAACAAACCAAUAAAGUUUGUGUUAAUGUUUAUUAAGAAAUUAAGUCUUUACUCCUACACAUGCUAACCUCAUUGUAAUUUACUAAACUCAAAAGGACAAAUUUCAGAGCAAUGUGUGUAGAAUCACAUGUGAAUCUUUCAAUAUAAUUAAAUACAAAAGGGAAGACCUGAUUACAUCUGUAAAGUAAAUAGAACAAAAAAUGAAGUUAAUCUCCACAGCCUAGUAAAAAACAGAAACAGCUGCUUAAGCAAUAACAGAAAAGUGACAGAAAUCAAAGCAAGUCCAGAGAUUUAGAAAUGCUUAGAACAAAUUUCCCACUUUUUUUCUGGGAAAGGACAUCAAACUGCUCCAGGACCACAAUCCUAUUCAUAUUAUUGAAUCUUACUAUAAACUAAAGGAAUGGCUGUUUUGAGAAAACCUAAUAAAAAUUGCUACUGCAUACAUUAUUUUUAAUUUCAGUUCCUUUACUUUGGUGCAGAUCACUCCAUUAACACAUCAUACUUAUAACCAUUAAUCUAUCACUCUGCUUAGGGUUCAGGUUUUUUUAAUAAGAAAUUGAAUUCCAGCAGUUUUAUGUAUUUCAUAUGUCCUACUAUGAAACCAUACAAUACUUUAUUUCAUGCUGCAGGAUUACUGCUAUCCAUCCAUCAAAGAAAUAGGUUCACCACUAAAACCAUACAAUUCUGCACUUACAAAUCUAAACCUAUUAGUGGAAUAUCAUUCUUUCCACUAAAGCAGGAGACAAAUGUAUUGAGCUUCUUAAAAAAAAUUCAACACAUUUCUCACAUUUCAACACAUAAGUCACUACUGCUGAAAGGGAUAAACUUCAAAUAAGUUUACUAAGUUCAAAUCCAUGUUACUUGACCUCUGCACCAAGAAAUGGGAUUUAGUAUUAAACUACUUAAAUGCAUACUUUAGAAAUACUCAGAUGCCAAUCAUUUUUUUAAAGUUGUCAUAAAGAGCCAAAUCAAGCCAAGGGCCAUCCACAGAUGGUUGAAAUUAUCCUUCUCCCUCUUUUCUAACCAAAGUGCACCUUACUUCAGGUUCUGGCCACCACUUCUCUCCCACCUGCAUCAGAGCAACGGAAGACAUUAAAAAGAAAAAAUAGGGAGAACGGGGGCUAAGCUUUAAAGAGCCGAAGCGCGCAGAAUGGGCCCCCUUUCCGUCGUCCGUUCCCGCAAGUCCUACCACGGCCGCCACAGCUAGGCGGUCGCGGCAGCUUAGAGCCCAGCCGGUGAGGCCUGCGUCCCGCUCACUGCAAGCGGCGCGCGCCAAUAGGCGAAGCCAAGCCAGCCAAGCAGGCGGCGAAGGAGGAAAGCGGGGGAGGGGAGGCUCCUGCUGCUGUUGCCGCCACAGUGCUCGUCGCCGCCUCCCCCCCCCCGUCUCUCCCCGGCGGGGGCUCCUCGCUACAGCCUCUCUGCUCCGCUCUCGGUCAUGUGACCCUAACGUAACCGGACAGGAAAAGCCGCCGCCGCCGCCGCGCUGACUCCGUUGUUGGCGCUGCUGCUGCUGCUCCUGGGCGGGCGGAGACCGCGGCCCCCCCCCCCGAAAGCGCGAGCCAGAUUUUAAAAAAAUGGAUUUGGCCAACCAUGGACUUAUUCUUCUACAGCAGCUUAAUGCUCAGAGGGAGUUUGGUUUCUUGUGUGACUGCACAGUUGCUAUUGGUGAUGUGUACUUUAAGGCACAUAAAUCCGUCCUUGCCUCUUUUUCCAACUACUUCAAGAUGUUGUUUGUUCAUCAAAGCAGGUACUGUAUACGCUGAAUGUGUCGCUUGAAGGCAGCUGACAUACAGCCAGAUAUUUUCAGUUACCUCUUGCAUUUGAUGUACACUGGAAAGAUGGCACCUCAGCUCAUAGAUCCUAUUCGACUUGAGCAAGGGAUAAAAUUCUUGCAUGCAUACCCGCUGAUCAAGAGGCCAGUCUUGCCAGCAAGGAAACUUUGCACACCCAGAGCAAGUUUCCCAUUGGCAUCAUCAUUAUACGGUAUUCAGAUUGCGGAUCACCAAGCAAGGAAUCCCACCAAGGCAGUGACAGCACCUGACAAGCCUUUGCGAGAAGCACGUUCCCAGCUGUCAAGAGUGACCCAAGAACAGGUACAUGAACCCUCCCUAUCCCAGAUACCACCACCAAAUUUGCCUCCAGCCCCAACAAAUAUAGCUCCCCCUGAUCCUCUGCAGCCUUCACUGUCUCCCGAAUUAGUAUCAGCUCCUUAUCCUUCACCUGGAAAUGAAACCAACAUGGAAGCCUCUUCCUCAGAUGAUCAACCUGCCUCUCUCACAAUAGCGCAUGUCAAGCCAAGCAUUAUGAAAAAAAAUGGAAGCUUUCCAAAACUAUGCUGCCACCUGUGUGGUCGACGUUUCAAUUUGCGAAGUAGCUUGCGGGAGCAUCUCCAAAUUCACACAGGAGUGCCCUUUGCAUCCAACCAGCACGGGGAAAGUAGCAUUCCCUUGUCCUUGUGUAAUAAUGCUCCUGAAAAAGAUGCUAUGGAAGCGACUGAAGCCGGAAUGAUCAGUGACAGUGAGCUGCAACAGAUCUCAGAUUCACCCAUAAUUGACGGGCAGCAGCAAGCAGAAACCCCCCCGCCCUCAGAUAUUGCAGAUAUUGACAAUUUGGAGCAAGCAGAUCAAGAAAGAGACGUGAAAAGGCGGAAGUAUGAAUGCUCCAUUUGUGGACGCAAGUUCAUUCAGAAAAGCCACUGGAGAGAGCACAUGUACAUACAUACCGGCAAGCCUUUCAAGUGCAGUACUUGUGACAAAAGUUUCUGCCGGGCCAAUCAAGCUGCUAGGCAUGUAUGUCUUAACCAAAGCAUGGACACCUAUACUGUGGUAGACAAACAGACUCUAGAGCUCUGUACAUUUGAGGAAGGCAACCAGAUGGACAACAUGUUAGUACAGGCCAACAAACCCUAUAAGUGCAACUUGUGUGACAAGACGUUCUCGCCUAACGAAGUUGUCAAACAUUCUUGCAAAGUCAGAAACUCAGUCUUUACUAGAAGAGGAAAGACCAUUCUGCUAAGUGGCGAUGCUGAAACUACAGAGAGUGAUCAUUCAGUUUUAGACUCUAUCAAAAAGAACAGGAAGCAGUAUGUUAGACUGAUCGUGAAACCUGGGUUUUGUUUUUUUUUUUUUGUAACAAAGGUUAUGUUUGUUUAUUCAUAUUUUUAUUAAAAUUAUCUUCCUCCUUCUCCCUCACCAUAACUUCACUGACAUGAAAGGAAGUCUGCCCUUUUCCCAGUAAAAGCCUAACAUUAAUAAAGGAUAUUAUAUCAAAUAUAACUAUUGAUGUUAAUGAUAAAGAAAAUGUGUAAGACUAAUUUCUUAUCUUGGAAACUAUGCUACAGUGAUAAAUGGCUCAAUGGCAGGACUGUAAACUAUUUGAAAUAUUGUUUAAUUAUAUGCUUGAAUGCACUGAGAAGGUGAGAAGAAAACUAUGUCGGUCAAGUUUCAAUUGUUUAUUCCCAAACCUGAUUACUUGUUAGAGGAAGAUUAGUUAAGAAAAUUAAAUUCCUAAGUGAAAUGCAUAUAGUUAUGCCUGUUAGUCAUUUCAGAAGCUCCUUUAAUAGAAGCAAUCCAAUUUUUUUUUACCUACACAAUUUUUGACAAAUGUUUACAUUCAGCUCAGUCCACUGAUACUAUGUCCAUUCACAAAGAAUAAGAAUAUGAUCCUAAGCACAUAAUUGAAUUGAAUUAAGUUGAACUGGCAAUAGAUCCUAUCCAGGGCACUCAAACUCUAAGCAAAAUGUGCUCAGGAUAAUAUUUCAUUAAAAUAGCAGUAAUGUGAUGGCAAUCAUUUUAUAUGCAUAAUGUGUGUGCCUAAGUGUAUAUACUUCAGGCAUGUAUGUACCGCAUGCACCCUUUUCAAAUUGAUCACUUUUUUGAACAACUAAAAUGUUUUUUAAUAUAAGUAAAAAUACACUUUUUAGAAGCGUAUUUAAAUUACACAGACCAUAGACCAUGACUAUUUAUAUAUCUCAUUGAAUGGAAAUAAAUAAUGUUGAAAUUUAUUAUUGCUCAAAACCUGAAGGAAGUUAAUUAGAAGAACUCUACAAAGAGGUCCUUGUACCCAACUCCCUAUGGGAGUAACAGUUUUCAGCCUGUU